AAUUAUCCGAAGCUUUCCGGAUUCCUGUCCAUUUUCCAAGCUUAAGAGGGAAUUGAGGUACAACAUAACCUAAAAGUUAUUUAUCAGCGGGGAAGACACAAAGUAGGAAGACAGAUGGGGGCAUGGAACCAAUGGAAGCUGCAGGCUUCAUCCCACCACUACCCAAAGCUGAAGAGGUCCGUGAUUCAAGCCUUAUUUCAGCGAGUAGAGAGGGUAUGUGAUAAAGAGAACCUGAAAAAAGAUUCUUAGAUGUACUGUAGAAGAAUGGCAAUACGAUGAGGGAUAUCCAACGAGCCACCAAACCACGCAAAUAGAAGGAUGAUUCGUUUUAGAUGUGACGGAGCGAAUUGCGAGGUGUCUGAAGAAGAAUGAUAUCGUGGUACGAAAGCCAAAGACAAACUAACCCCAUUAAACGGAGGCUAUCGUGCAGUUGCGGGAAAUAUUACGUUGGCCAAAUUGGACGUAACAUCGAAUGACGCAUCAAGGAACGCGAAAGGGAUGUUCGAUUGAGAAAAAUCUAUCUUUCUAAUUAACACCAGCCGUGAAAGCCAAAGUAAAACUCAACCAAGUAGAUACAUUACAGUUACAAAAAUAGCUACAAACCUUUUUAAAUGACAUACCUCAAGCGACCUCGAUUAGAGAAUUUCCAUAUUCAAAAACGUUGUUUUUCCAAACUGCAACAAAACACUAUUUGAUUCGUAUAGAGAUUGUUGCGUUAUCUUUUUACUUGAUGUAAAAAGAUUGAUCAGAUUACUAGGACGUGACAGACCAACUGCGAGGGCACACUAGUUUUGCACUGUUAGGAAGUGACUGAAAUAAAUUAUCUACCGAGCGAGCGAGCUGCUGGAGCUACGUGAUUUUUUGGCUAAUGCAUUCUAAAAUGGGUACAACGCGGUGUUAUGCCCGGUCUGAUCCAUUUCUUGCGGGGUGUUGCCUCCUUUUUCCCCUCACCAGAUUUAUAACUCCGUCCAAACGUUGGUGAUUUAUGACGGUUAAUUCUCUAUUUUACCACUCGCAAUCAGUUUGUGUGUUUACCCCGCUUCCUGAUAUAUCGGGAAAGCGUACAAACUUCUAAAGUAGUUCUCUGUGCGAUGAACAAGAAAUAUUUCUUCUUGGGACUUUUUAAAAAUUUAUCAAAACGUUCCACGUAUUAUACAUUAUUUUGGGUGAACGUUACACAAUUUACUUUACAAACUCAAUUUAAUACAAUUAUUGGUGUACGUAAUCUAGUUUAGGUAGUUCAAAGCAACCUGAGGUGGGAUGUAAAUAUUUAGUCUCCCAAGCAUUUAGGGUCAGUUAGAACACAAACUUUCAUUAAUUGCGUUGUUGUAAUGUACUGCGAUUGUAGGAUUCGAUAUCAAUCAAAAAAAAAAUUUUUUUUUUAAUCGGUUUAUAAAUUAACUUUUAAUUGCCUUCCAGGUGGCGUUGGCAAUUUCGGCUUCCAGUUAUAAAGUUGAAAAUGCCGGACGUGGGGGGCAAUUAAUUUCGAAUCUGCACGCACCACCGAAUCGUUCGCAGUUUGCUGUGUUCUGCAGAAACGUAAAAGAGGCCCCCUUUUACGUUUCCGUGUUUUAUCUGGUCGCGACCUCCGUUGAGAAAUGAAAAGCUUGCAUCGCUGAGCAACUGUUUACGCUUAACGCUUUCAUACAAAGUUCAUACUUUUAUACAACAACCCCGAAGCAGAAAAGCCCUCGGCCAGGCAACAAAGGGUUCAUGAAAAAAGCUGACACCGCCAAUUGUGCACCCAGCAACCGGCUCGUGAAGUGUCACUCAAGUAGGCACAUUUCUCCUGAAAAUUUUUCAGCCUCAACUCGAUGCCUUCGGCAUGCAAGACAGUCGCCGAUUGCCACCUCGCGAGACAUGGUGGCCCUUCAAAAACACCUUUACGUCAUUCUGGUCUCAUUGGCGAUACUCGCCACCUAUCUCACAACGAAGGGUUGGCGCCCGAUUUUCAACCCUUUAGCUUCCAUGGAGAAUUUAACUGCGGUCUUCGCCGGGAUUCCCCGAAGUUUCCAACCGCAUUUACCACCAUUCCAACCGGUUAUUAACAAUAGGACGCCGGGACAUGACGAUAAAGUAAUUUAUUUUCUCGGACUGUUUGAGAUGAACGAUGAAAACGGGGUUGAACGUGAGGAAGCCCGGAGCGAAGUUGAAGCGGCCAAGUUAGCCGUUAGGGACGUUAAUUCGAAAGACGUUCUACCCGGAUAUUUCAUCAAGUUGUUAAUUAACGAUACCAAGUGCGAUCCUGGAGUUGGGAUUGAUGCUUUUUUUCACGCUAUUUAUUCUAAUAAAAAGAUUGUUAUGUUAUUAGGAAGUGGAUGUUCUAAUGUAAGCGAAUCUUUAGCCCACAUCGUUGUUUAUUGGAAUAUAUUACAGGUAUCGUUCGGAUCCACAUCCCCUAACCUCAGCGACCGAAACGAAUUCCCUUUCUUUUUUCGUACGGUUUCUCCGGAUUCAUCCUUCAACCCUGCUAGGACAGCCUUCAUGAAAUAUUACGGUUGGGAAACGGUGGCAGCUUUCUGUGAAAGUAACAACGUCUUCUUACUUCCUUUGAACAACCUUGUUACUAUCCUCGAAAACGCAAAUAUUACCUGCUCAACCAUCACUUUUUCCCUUGAUAAUUAUAAAGAACAACUUUCAUUUCUUAAAAGUUUAGACACACGGAUUAUUAUUGGCUCAUUCUCUGUUAAGUUAGCACCCAAAAUUAUGUGCGAAAUUUUCGAAUUAAAAAUGUUUGGAUCGGAUUAUGUGUGGUUGCUUCAAGAACCCGAUGAUUAUUGGUGGGAUAACCCGAUUUAUUGCCCAAAAAAGAUUGUUAUGGAAGUUAUUGAGGGAUUUAUUUUCAUUUCCGAUUAUAGUUUUUUAUCGGAAAAUGUUACAUCAAUUUCAGGAUUGACCCAAGAUUCUUUUUACACAAACUUAAACUCAUUAUCAAUAUCGAAAUACGCCAAAUUCGCUUAUGACGCAAUUUGGUGUAUGUCUUUAUCUUUAAGGCGAGUUAAAGACCUGUUUGGCGAUGAACAAAUUUUAGAUCAAUUUGAUUAUAACAAUGGUGGUUUAUCCGAAGAGUUUGUUUACGCGAUGAAUUCGUUGGAUUUUAUGGGAGUUAGUGGUCCAAUAAAAUUUUCUGGCGGCGAUAGAAUGGGUAACGCAGAAUUAAAGCAGAUACAACAUGGAGAAUUAAGAAGAAUAGCUAUUUAUUACACGUCGGAAAACUACCUGGACUUUAACUGCGCGAAUUGCUGCAAAAUCUUUUGGAAAGGCGGUCAACUACCGAUAGCUAGAAGAGUUUUUAAAACUAGAUUAAUAACGAUUCCUAAAGUUAUUUUUUAUAUUAUUUCGACUCUUUGCGCAGCUGGGAUUAUUGUGUGCUUAAUAUUCUUGUAUUUAAAUUUAAGAUACAGAAUGGUUAUGUCUUUUAAAAUGUCGAGUCCCAAAUUGAACACUGUGGCUGUGAUCGGUUGCAUUUUAGUAUACUUAGCAGCUAUUUUAUUGGGAAUUGAUAAAAGUGUUAUUAAGAAUGAAUAUUUCACAAAGUUAUGCACGUUUAAAGUGUAUUUAUUAUCGGCGGGAUUUACAUUAGUCUUCGGUUCGAUGUUUGCAAAAACUUACAGAGUACACAGAAUCUUUACAUACGGCUCUGCGAAUCUCGUUAAAGACAAAAUCCUCAAAGACAAACAACUAAUUGGUUUAAUAAUGCUGUUACUGUUAAUUGAUGGUAUUAUUAUAACAUUUUGGGUUUACAUCGAUCCGCUACAUAGGCAAUUAAAGAACUUAACUAUCGAAAUAAGUCCUAUAAAUAGAGGAGUGUUAUAUCAAACUCAAGUUGAAGUCUGCGGUUGUAAUAACACAAAGGGUUGGUUCUUGGCAAUUUACGGUUACAAAGGCUUCCUAUUAAUCAUGGGAGUUUACAUGGCCUGGGAAACGAGGAAUGUAAAAAUUCAAGCGUUAAAUGAAUCUCAAUACAUUGGUAUUUGUGUUUAUAGCGCUGUUUCUAGUGCGAUUGUUGUCUUUUUAUCGAACUUUUUGUCUCAAGAUAUCAUCAUUAGCUACAUAGCGACGACUUCAAGUAUUUUAGUAUCUACAACGAUCACGUUAUUUCUAUUAUUUCUACCUAAGCUAAGAGAAGUAUUCGCCGCGAAUACGAACGAAGAGGAUCCGGUUAUGCAAAGUAUGGGACUUAAAUUUGAAUGUAACACGCGGAGGAUGAUACAACCGGAAGAUAGAAACGAGUUAUGUCUAAGGAUGGAAAUACAAAAUAAAGUGUAUCGUAACGAAAUUGAUGCUUUAGAUAAAGAAAUUUCUAGGUUGGAGAAUUUAUUGUUAAACGGUUAUGAUGUUGCGAUUAUCGAACCGAAUAACGAUGAGGUUAAAAAGAAUUUGAAUUUAAAAUCGUUUAAAUCAGAAAACACCUUGCAAGAUCAUUUUUCUAAUCGUUUGUGUUCUCAUCCUUCUUGGUUAAAUAUUUUACAGAACAUAAAAAAUGUUAAACCCAGCUCGAACCCGGAAAUUAAUACUUCGUUAAAAGUGAAAGAAGAAAAUAUUAUUAGAGCUUCCUCUAUUAGCAUAAUUAGUAAAGAAUUUAAUGAAAAUGCAUUUUUAAAUUCAAAAUAAAGUGUACAUAAAGUUAUUUCGUUUUAUUUUGAAAUGGAAGCACUCCUUUUCGUAGAGAAUAAUUCAGAAACCAAGAUAGCUACGCGGAGACCAGAGCUUGUUGCUAAUAUAGAGUCUCCCAGACCACAUUACAAAUUGAUGGAAGAGUUCCCACCAUCCCCGUCACGAUUCAAAUUAAUUCUAUAACCGAAACUGCACCAAGCCAUCUUUUAAUUAACGUGGUUGAUUUGGGUUUUUAUAAUGACGUCGAAUAAAUGUUUUAUGACCAACGAGUUAUUAUUAAUUAUAGUUCAAGAGAUGAGAAUUUUCUACUAAAUCUCGGGGUUUGCUAAAUCUCGAAGUAUAUUUUUUAACGGUUAUAAAUCUUAAGAAUUAUGAGACGGGCGGCGGUGCAAAGCACAAUUUUUCCGGUCACUUUGGUGGAUGCGCCGGGUUAAUGUCAUGGAAAUCAAUUUCUCAUGGGAAAUGGAGUUUAGAACUACCUGGAAGUAUAAAUUAUUAAUAUCGAGAAAUUCUUGUUGAAUUUUUAAGUUGUAUGUGUC